AUGCUUGUAAUGCGAGCUGAUUGCCGUUUAUACUACUAUGAACCAAUUUGGACGUACACUUUCUCAAAUACAACUGCGUGUGGAGUGAUUGGAUGGUACUACGAUUUCCUGAAAAGCAUGACCACAAUCAUCAUCAUUGUCAUACUCGAUCUGUUCACUUUCACGAAAUGUCGAAUUCAUGGAGCACACUUAAUCGCCCAGUUAAGCGAUGAAAAAUCUCGUGCCAGGAAAAGGGAUGAAAUUAAUUUUGUCACACAGGCCAGUCUACAAGGGUUCAUUUUCAUCCUCGAGCUGGUCACCUAUUUCGUCGUUUCUUCACUCGUUGACGCAAGAGCCGCGAAAUUCGCCUUCACCACGCUUGCCUGGAUUCUUGUGCACGCGUUGGACGGUGUGAUCGCGAUCUAUUUCAACAAAGAAUUCUCACGUUUGAUCAGAAGACGUCAUAUUUCCGCUUCCACGCAAAAUCAACUCACCGCCAGCCAAUCUGGACAAAGAUCGGAACAAUCGACAAAAGCGAAUACCAACAAGAAAAAUGUGUACAGCACGAGU